GUGUGUCUGCGCACUGCGCACCGCGGUUUUAUUCCCCUAAAGACUCUUCCGUUCCAGUAGCUUUACACCUCGUUGCUGCUCCACAUCUGUCUCCUUUGCGAGUUAAGGGUUAAGGCAUCCAGCGCCUUCCGCACAGGUGUCUCGCCAGUCCUUCACGAAACUGCGCCUGGAAACUCCUUUUCUCUCUCUUUUCUCUCCCUCCUUUAAUGAAGUUGAUCAUAACUGUAACUCAGCUGGGAUUUGCUGCCCGACUAGACAUGUCAUUAUAAUUCAUGUAGUUCGAUGUGAAGUGGGUUAGCUCACCGCGGCACUAAUCUCUCGCUACUAUUAAACGUCGAGCGACUAUAACCUGGAGAGCUGUGCGCAUCGAGUCCGGUUCCGCGCGCCUCCUAUUUCGCUGCGUUUUGUGCAGCAUCCGAUUCCGGUGCUUAGAAACUAAAAAACCACGAGACAAUUGAAAGAAAGUCUUUUUUUCUAUUACAAAACUCUACUUGAAGUCGUGUUCACUUUUUUUUUUGGGGUGCAUUUUCAAGAUUUUUGUUUUCACGUCCGUUGUGUUACGCGUCGGACAUGUGGUGGAUGCUGUUUCCUCGAUGGAUUUGGUUUCUUCUGGGACACAGUUGGACUAUUAUCCUCUAUCCGGGCAGCAGCCGCGUGAGAGCCAUGCCAAUGCCCAUGUCCGUGGCCAAACUGGUGUAUUCUCACGCAGGUCUGUGCCCGAAUGACCUGAACCCCAACCUGUGGGUGGAUGCUAUGAGCACCUGCAUGCGCGAGUGUGAAUCCGACCAGGACUGUGAGGCAUUUGAGAAGUGCUGCCCUAAUGUAUGUGGUAACAAGAGCUGUGUGGCAUCCCGCUAUAUAGACGUCAAGGGCAACAGGGGCCCCAUAGGAAUGCCAGAGGGCGCCACCUGUGACAAGUUCAUGUGCGCUCAGCAAGGGUCCGAGUGUGACAUCUGGGACGGCCAGCCUGUUUGUAAGUGUCGGGACCGCUGUGAGAGAGAACCCCACUUCACGUGUGCGUCCGACGGCAUGACGUACUAUAACAAGUGCUACAUGGAUGCAGAGGCCUGUUCCAAGGGUAUCUCUAUCUCUGAGGUCACCUGCAGGUACCACUUGACCUGGCCAAACACCAGUCCCAUCCCAGCGGAGACCACCUUACAUCCCACCACCGCCCUCCAGACCACCCCCCCUGCUGACCUCCAGCUUCCCACCAUACACAGCGGCCCCAUCCAACAGGCUGUUUUUGUGGGUGAGACAGCCAGCUUUCUGUGUGAGGUGUCUGGAAAGCCACAUCCGCAAAUCACAUGGGAGAAACAACUAAAGGGCAAAGAAAACACCAUAAUGAGGCCUAAUCAUGUGAGAGGGAACAUUGUGGUCACUAACAUUGGCCAGCUGGUCAUAUACAAUGCGCAACUUCAGGACGCCGGCAUUUAUACAUGCAACGCCAAAAAUGUUGGGGGAAGUGUGUCGGCACACUUUCCCUUGGAAGUGAUCGGGAAGGAGGUGAAAGGUAUGAAUGCAGAGGGGAAUAAUACCAACCUGCCACUUCCAGCUGAAGAGUGUCUCAAGAGUCCAGACACCGACGACUGUGGAGAAGAGAGCAUGAGCUGGUACUACGAACCAAAGAGGAACAAUUGCUUCACCUUUACCUACAGUCAGUGCAACAAAAACCGGAACCAUUUCGACGCAUAUGAAGCCUGCAUGCUGUCGUGCGGAGGAGACCUAGCGGCUCCCUGCAGCCUAGCGAGCCUCCAAGGGCCUUGCAAGGCCUACGAGCCCCGCUGGGCUUAUAGCAACAGCCUCAAGAAGUGCCAGUCCUUCGUGUACGGAGGCUGCGGCGGCAACGAGAACAGCUUUGAGUCUAAAGAGGCCUGCGAAGAGAUGUGUCCCUUUCCCAAGAACCACAAUUGCAAGAUGUGUAAACCCCGAGGCAAGAUGGUUACCAGCUUCUGUAAGAGCGACUUUGUGAUUCUUGGCCGUGUGACCGAGCUGACGGAGGAGCAGGAGUCCGGCCACGCUUUGGUGACCGUGGAGGAGAUCUUGAAGGAUGAGAAGAUGGGCCUGAGAUUCUUUGGCAAAGAGCCCCUGGAGGUGACUCUUCUGAACAUGGACUGGAACUGCCCCUGCCCCAACGUCACCACGGCCGACGGGCAACUCAUCAUCAUGGGGGAUGUUCAGAACGGGAUGGCCGUCCUGCAGCCCGACAGCUUCGUCGGACCCUCCAGCACCCGUCGAAUCAGGAAGCUCCGUGAGGUGGUUCACAAGAAAACCUGUGAUUUCCUUAAAGACUUCUCUGCGGUCCAGUAGAGGCUAUUCAAGGCUCACACUCACUGAACUUGUGUUUCGUGAUUAUUCCAAGCUCCAGUGACCUCACCAGUCUGACUGACUGCCAGUAGACAGAAAACGAGUAACUUAUCUGUAACAUCGGAGGUGUUGUUGCCUGUUUGAGAUGUUUAUUUGUCUUUACUUUGUUCCUUAUCGCUCAGUCGAUCUCAGAAAAAUCACUCAUCGCAGCUUCAGCUGUUUUCCUUCUUUACGGAUACGGUUUGAAACCUGUCCUCAUCGCUUUCUUUUAAAAGUAGAAUCAAACUCAGUUUUGAUGUCUGCACCUUCAGGGCACUCUGUCUGGAAAAGGCAGGUAGUAAAGUAUUAGUCACAAGCAUUUACCCUGGCAAAAGUAUUUUCUCUCGCAACCGUUUACUAGAACGGCUUUCUAGAUUUUCUCUCCAAAUCUUAUCUUCAAGACACUAAUAUUAUACAUUUAAGGGUAUGUUUUAUUAUGACUGGUACGUUUGCGUUAUGUUAUUUUGGGUUAUCCCAAAACAUUGUGUACCAUCUGUCAGGAGUACUUAAGCUCACAAUAAUGCAAUGCGAAGCCUCAGUAUAUUUACCAGAAUCAAAUAAGCUUGUUGGUUCCAGAUUUUGUGGAAUCUAUUUUGAUAAGACUUAAUUUACAAUACAGAGUAUGUAUGUGGACUUCUGUACUAUGUAUUUAUUUGUCUUGAUAUAUUUCUUAUCUAUCUAUAUCUAUAUAUAUUUAUAUAUAUAUAUAUAAUGUAUA